UCGUCAUGGCUCCUUCCUCCAGCUACUGACUUUAGUCCUCGUCCUGCUGGCCUCGUCGGCGGCCGUGCCGCGCGGUGCCCACCUCCACGGCACCAACCUAAAGCGCAUUCGCGCGUACAUGCACCAGACCCUCACGGGUCCGAACGCGACGGAGGAGACGUCGGUGCAGUCCCCGCUGGGCGGCGGCGCGACGUUUGGGCAGAUCACCGUGCUGGACAACGAGCUGCGGGACAGCCCAGACCGGUGGCGCUCAUCACCCCUUGGCCGUUUCCAGGGCUUGGUCGCCGAGGCGGGGCUGGCGGGCACGCCGGGCCUGCUGUCGGCGGCCAACGUGGUGUUCACGGCCGGGCGGCACCGCGGGAGCACGCUGGCCAUGCUGGGCACGGUACAGAACUUACGGGCCACCGUCGAGCGCAGCGUCCUCGGGGGGACCGGCGAGUUCCGGAUGGCCCGCGGGUACAGCUCCAUGGUUUACAUGGCCGGGGCGAGCACGUCGAACAACGAUGUCUACAUGAUCGACUUCUUUGUUCAGGUCUAGCCGUGGUUUGAGUAGUUGUGGAUUAUCUCAUCUAGGCUGCUGAGGAGGCCAUGACCAGUUGCCAUAUAGGAGUAUGGGAAUUGUUUACAAACGGUGCACCGGCCGAAGCUCGAUCGGGUAGCGAUCCAGCGCUCCCGCACCUCCCGAUCCAUGUUGUUUUUUUUCUUGGCCCAUCACGUGGCCUUGGCCCACCACGUUUACUCGGUCAGCUCUAUUUUUCACCAACCGCUCAAGCUGUGGGGUGAGAAAAAUAUCUACAACUGCAGACGGACGAAGUUACAUCCGUUUUUUGCUGCAA